UUUCAGGAAGGCCAAUCCCACGAGGUCUAUAAGAUCUCGACAGAGGACGGGGGAAGUUACACCUUACGGAUCCCAAAAGACGAGACGGCUACCCUUAUUGCCAAAAAGGGUACUACCCUCCUCAAGGCCCUUAAGGAUAGGCAGCCUACAUUGCAAAUACCUUCGGUCAUUCAUCAAUCGCCACGCUUCGUCAUUUUACAGUUUCUCAGCGGGGGGCCUCUCGAAUCAUGGAACAAUAUAACUUUGUCUCGGAGCAGGCGCAACACUUUAUUGGUGGGCCUCGGCAAGCUCAUGUUUCAGAUUUGGACCAAUACAGCUUCUGACAUGCCUCUAUCCUGGUUGGUCAACGAAGUGGACAAGGGACUUAGACGAUCCUUGAACAACUCUGGCUGGGGCGAUCCGGCUCACUUUCUCCAUCGCCGUACCAUAGUCCACGAGAUGGUACCCGACGACGACAAUUCAUUGAUGGCAUUGAAACACGGAGACCUAAAUGCGUGGAACGUUAUUGUAAACGAGAUGGGACUUACUGGGUAA